GCACGCCAGGACCUGAAGCAAACGCACCCCACCAAACCAAAAAUAAAAAAGAAAAUCAUAAUAAUUAAAAUUCAACCCCCCCAAUUUCAUUUCAAUUAUUGUGAUAGUUUAGCCAAAUUGUCAUUUUAGCAUAAUCUUCCAUGAUUAAAAACAUUCAUUAAAAAAAGCCUCCAUUAAUCUCAUCUCCAAUAUCCUAAGAAAGAAGCUUGCCAUCAACAACACAACACAGAGAGACCUUUGAAGAAGGGAUAGAAAUAAAGCCACCACGCAGAAGCCGAGCAGCACAGAUACAUAUUAAACCAAGAAAAGAAAAAAAAAAUUUAAAAAAAGGAAAGAAGAAGAAAAAGUACAAAAAGAGAAGAAGGAAUAAAUAUAUCGUCGUCGAUUCCUUGCUUUACUGCAGAAUCCGUUGAAUUUUGAACCUCAGAAAAAAGGACUGCUCGGCUUUUGGCGAUUUCUUUGUCUCUUUCUCUUUUUCUUUCCUUUUCUUGGUUUGGUUCUUAGGGUUUAGGAUUUCUUGCUUCUUCUUUUUUUUUAUGUACUAGUUGAUAAUUUUCGCUUCGGGAGUGUUAAUGGCACAAUCGAUUAACAGAGGGGGGAAGUUAAUGGUUGGGGACUACUUGAUUCGGAAGCAAAUUGGAACCGGAUCGUUCUCCACAGUUUGGCUAGCGCAACACCGCGUCCUUGGCACCGAGGUCGCCAUCAAGGAGAUUGCCACCGCGAGAUUGAGCUCCAAACUCCGGGAUAGCCUCAAGUCUGAGAUUGUUAUUUUGAAGAAGAUCAAUCACCCUAACAUCAUCCGGUUACACGACAUGAUUGAGGUGAGUUUUCCUCUGAAUUUGCAUAUACUUCCUGUCGCCGGAGUACAACUCUCAUUCUUCUUCUCAUUUUGGAGUAAAUUUUUAAGAUUCUUGAACUAAUUCUUUAAUUUGGAAACCAUUGUUGAUGUUCGCCAAUCAUUUGAAAUUUAGUAAUAAGUGAAAUUGAGUUUACAUGCUCAAGAAUUAUGCAACUAGAAAUCUUUAUGAUGUAUCAAUCAGUAUUGUGAUCGGAGAAGUCCAUGUUAGGUUCAUGUUUUGUGGUAUCAUAUGAAGUAUGGCAAUGGCAUUACAUGUAGUAUUUUUUGGUCUUGCUGAAGUGGAGUUCUUAAAUCCACACCUGUGCUUCGUCUAUUAGGGAGAUGGAUCUUUUAGUCUGGCGUUAUUUGUUUUUAUGCUUUUAGCCCAGUAAAAGGAGCAUUGUGUGAUGCGUUUAAGUUGGAACGAAGUUCCUUCUGUAGCCUGGUCUACCCAUUUAUGCCACUUCGUGAUUUUAUUGUUAUUUUAGUCCGACUACGUAGAUUAAUAUGACACACGUCUUGUCUUGUAGUCCUAUUAACUCAGACAUUUUUGGAUGGAAACAUAUUAUUUUUACUAAUAAUGUCUACUGUUUCCUGGAUGGAAACACAGGAAACUGGAAAAAUAUAUAUCAUCUUAGAAUACUGCAAAGGGGGUGAUCUUUUUGUCUAUAUCCAGCAACGCCAAGGAAGGAUUCCCGAAGCGACUGCUAAGCAUUUCAUGCAGCAACUUGGUAUUUGUCCGUUUGUUGUUAUCGUUCUUCGUUGGAAAAAGUUCACAGAAGUAACAUAUUUUUGUUUGCUUGUAUUACAGCUUUGGGUCUAAAAGUACUCCGUGAGAACAACCUAAUCCAUCGAGAUUUAAAGCCACAGAAUCUAUUGCUUUCCACUAAUGAUGACAAAUCCAUCUUGAAGAUUGCUGACUUUGGAUUUGCAAGACUUGCCCAGCAUUGAGGAACCUUUAAAUGGAUCUUUUUGGCGUCUAUUUUAGUGGUUAUUUUUCCUCAUUUGAUGUUCUUUGUAGAAGUAUCAAAUGGAGUGCCUUGUUCUUUUUAUUUCUUUAACAGUAUUUUAUUGUGAGAACAAGGAUGACUUUUGACCUUGAAUUUGUAUUUACUAAAGAUGCAGAGAGAUGAUUCAUAAUCUUGCAGGUUGUUACUUGUAUAUACAUUUUAUCAAUCUGGGCUCUUUUAGAUAGCUGCAGAGGAUUUUCAUGUUGAUUUACCGCAACGAUACCUAGUUUAGCCCUCCACAUUGUUUUAUAUUGCUUGUUUGUACAUGUAAACAAAUUUGAUUACUUUGACCUGGUAUUAGCGAGUAACGGUUUGAUGUAUUUUUAUAACUUGAUGUUUUUUAUGCGGAAUUCAUUCAAAAGAUCCACUAGUAACUCUAGAUUCUAUAAUCAGGUCUCUGCAAGAUAGCAGACUUGCUGAAACUCUGUGCGGUUCACCACUAUAUAUGGCUCCAGAAAUAAUGCAACUUCAGAAAUAUGACGCAAAGGUGAAAUUCUUUUUCCCUUUUUCUUUCCCCAUGCAAGCUUUUAGUCUAUAUGGUAAACACAUUAACUUGGGAAUGAAAACGCAGGCAGAUCUCUGGAGUGUUGGUGCCAUUUUAUAUCAGCUGGUGACAGGGAAAACCCCAUAUACCGGAAAUAAUCAAAUACAGGUUAUACUUUUGCAUCUAGUAGUUCCUCAAUGCAUUGCAGUUUUGACUUCUGCACUGAUUUCCUUCUACAAUCUUCUUAGCAAGUUCUUCUAUUUGCAGUUGCUUCAGAAUAUUAUAAAAUCAACGGAAUUGCAGUUUCCUCAAGAUGUGAAGGAUUUGAGUUCUGAUUGCAAAGACUUGUGUAGGAAAUUGCUGCGUCGGAAUCCAGUUGAGCGACUGACAUUUGAAGAAUUCUUUAACCACCCUUUCCUUUGCCAGAAGGAGCCCGACGAAUUCAUUCGGUACAUGAGACCGCAGAAAAUCAUCAGUGGAUUUCCUUUUACCCAAUCAAGUUCUGUUGGGAUUAGGGAUGAAAUAUCUCAAGAGGAGUUACCUUUUAGUUUGGAUCAUUAUUAUGAUCCCGGAAGUCCUGAUGGGAGUCCAUCCUUUGUUGGGAAGUAUCCAAUCCGGUCUACAAUUGGAUUUUCAGUUGACAAUCCUGAGAGAAAAGAAGUUUCUGAUGUGACGCAGAAGAUGGAUCUUGCAUCCAAUUCUGGGAGUGAUGUUCCCAGAGGUGGUUUAAAGCUUUCGGAUGGGAACCAGAAAGAGCCUUUAAGACAAGCAAAAGCUCAUACAAAAGUGGCAGAUUCAUUCGACUUGAUUGAUCAGGAUUAUGUUCUUGUUCGCGGUCCCCCAGUGGAUAUGUCAUCUUCUGCGACUAUUUCUAGACUUUGUACUGUGUUGUCCAAAUCUGGCAGUCCACCACAAGUUUCUGGAAGUGCACCACAAGUUUCUGGCAGCAUAGGUCCUUCGCCAAGCGCACCAGUGCCGAUUAUUGGUACCGCAGAUAGUAGGGUGGGACGUACAGAGAGCUUUGAAAGUCAUGGCUCUGCUCCUGGGACGUCACAAGGAUCUACUGAUGUGACAGAUGUGUUUGAACAGCCACCAGCAGAUUGCAUGACUAGGAUAAGAUCCCUGAAGCGCUGUGCAGCCGCCAUCACGGAAUUAGUAAAUGAAAAGCUUGAGGCAAAUAAGCAGUUGGAAGCAUUGGAAAUUCAACUUGUGAUUCUAGCCAUAUGGAAGCAAGCAUUGGACAUUUGUCAUACACAAGCUGCAUCUGCUAUCGAGGGAAGUCCAACACCUGAUUCUACUAGGUUGAGGGAAAUGACCAAGGAGCAGCGUAGCCUUGAUACUCAUGGAAGUUUUGGUGCUACUGAACCUACUGGUUCGCAACACCUCUGCUCCCAAAUUGAGAGAGCAUUUCUUCUCGAGGUUGAGAAUGCUGAGGAACUUGCCAAAGUAGUAGAGCCGGGAAAUGCGGAGAUGCCUGAUGCGAUGGAGGCAAUAUUCCAACACGCCCUUGCUUUGGGUAGACGUGGGGCUGUCGAUGAAUACAUGGGUGAUACUGAGAAUGCAGUGGUGUUCUACUCAAAAGCAGUACGCUUAUUUUCGUUUCUGCUAGUUGAAGCGCCGUCCCUGAUUCUGAACCCUCCGUUUACUUUGACAAAUUCAGACCGCUAUAGGCUUCGGAAUUACAUCGACGUGCUGAAUAAUAGGCAAAGUAUUUCCAAAUCUCAGAGAAUGGCUCUUCUGAAGGGCGAGGUCGAUCAGCAAUGUCCCUCGUGAAAAAGUUCUAAUAAGUCCUUGAUUGCUUCUUAACAUUCUUUGUCCGUGUAACUAUUCUUUGUGACAUAGAUGUACAUUAAUCUCUUUGUAUGUAAUGAUGAUUACGGCUGUUGAUAUUGGAAACCGUAGAUUAGAACGUACAUAAAUCCGUAUAUGUAUAUAGUGAUCUGUUUCCUCGAUUUUUACUCGUGCACUAGCUUGUUAUUAAGCCUUUUUUUUCCCCCCAAAAUAAUGAAUAAACAAUGGAUUAUAUGUCAUGACUGCC